UAAACAAGAUGGAUCACAACCAUCAGAAUUCGUAAAAGGCUAGAUACAAUAUAUAUUAUUUCUUGUUAAAUUUCCAGAUUUGACUGAGUGUUAACUUUUAUAUCAAUCGCACUUCCGAUUUGAAGGGUUUCAUAGUGACAUUGACACAUUUGGUUUACCACCACUAGCCAUUUUACCUAAUAUUGACCAUAUUAAUAGCAGUAGACAACACUCGUUAAGCUAAUACAUACGUCUGCAUACACAUACAUUCCACGGCAUCGAGUGAACCAGCAAUAAUGGCCAAUUUAUCAAAUCAGGGUGUAUCUGUCGAUGAUAAUGACAUCCCUUCGGCACCUAAAACCCCACCAUCAAAUUACGUCGAAAGAAGGGCCCGUUCUAGUUCUCCCGUCAAGAAUAGAAACUUUAUACUUCCCGUCAACUAUGGGAAUAGGUCAUCGUCUACGUUAAUGUCACACCAGGAAGAAGACCUAAGAUCUAUCAUUGCAUCUCCAACACUAACUCCGUCUCAGUUGAAACGAAUUUCCAAAUCUCCUAUUACCAAAAAAUUGCAUGUUGCAGCAAUGAGUGAAAAAAGUAAAUACAUUAUCCCAGUUCCAUUCACCCUUAAUUUACCUCCUAGAUUGACAACUCCUAUUACAGAUAACAAUUCCAGUUGUUCGUCUUUAACUAAUAGCACCAGUCCCAGCAGAGCCGAGUCUUCAGUAACCCAAGAGUCUCCUAGAGGACGUAAACAAAAGCAAGGGAAGUUGGUUUUCACCAUGCAUGGAUAUGAGAAGGUAGAAUCGCUGUCGUCAGACGAAGAAGAGGAAUUGAAUGGCAAGCAAGAUAUGAUGGGCCACUAUUUAGAAGACUUGAAAUCUUCAAGACUGCCACUCUCAGGUCUGCCCAGAUCAAGAGGAAUGUACGCAAAGUACACUAGCAACCUGGAUGCCUUAAGUAUAAUUGAAGAAGUCUCAAAUUUCGGAUCGAGACAAAAUACCAUAAACAACAAAUUGCAACAAGUUUCCAACGAUGAAAAGCAAUUACCGCCUACACCGAGACCAUUACUGGAACCGAAAUUCCCCGAAGUUGAAAUCAAGCCCAAGCUUCCAACCAAGAAAUUAACAAGGAAACCACCACCACCACCAAUUGAAUCCGAAGAGAAAUGCAACAAAACCUUACCCAUUCUACCAUCUGAAGUCGCUCAUAAACACCCCUUGAAAGCUACUACUAUCAUUCAACCUAAACCUUCAUUACCCCUGAUAACAAGCACAUUAGUGAAUGAUUCUCAUGCAUUAAAAAUACACAAGAGAAGUUUUAGCGAUGAGUCACAAGUUUCUUCAAUUAGCUCCUUGAGUAGCAUUGGUGAUUUUUUAACCCAGUCUGCGGUACACACUAGAUCCCCGCCCUUGAUUGCAUCAUUUGUGCCCAUCGCAAGUUCUAAUCGCGUAACCAAGGUGCCUGUUAACAACAAAUUCUCUCAUGAAACAAAUGCCAGCGCUACCAAAACUCCCACUAAUAAAAAACAACAAACUACCAUACACAAACAAAAGGCAACCAAUGUUGACACGCCAAAGCAACAGCAAUCACCUUCUAAGCAACAGGUGGAACGAUCAAUUCCCAAGACUGCUAACACAAAAGCGGCAACCAAAGCACAACUAACAACAGCUGCAGUUCACUCGGCAAACUUGUCCAUUCCAAAACCACAAUUCCUUCAGACCAAGAGAAACAUAUCUGACUCGUCAACAGGUUCAAAUGACUCUGUAGACUCAACAAGCACCUGGAACUCCAUUCAAGAAUCCAUUGAUAUCAGUCCUUCAGAAAAACAACAACCUAAGAAAGAAUUUAGAAAGUCAUUUCCUCUUCUCUUUGAUAGAAAAGACGUCAUGCCGCCACAAAAGCAUACCAGAGCCAUGUCUGAAAGCUCUUGGGUUGAUGUGAGUGAAGAUGAUACCGAAGAGAUCAAGCCAUUAUGCAUUCACAAGAAAGAUAGUGAUGCGUCAUCCAAACAAGUAAUAGCUCCUGUUGCCGAACAGUUGAAAAUGGACUUUCAUUUCCCAAAUACUUCCCUGAAUAUCACCAACAACCAAGAAAUAAAACAAAGACAAAUCAGCGGUGACCAACUGAACCACAAGUCAAGAUACAGUUUCUAUUCCAGCACAGGUCAAAUAGAAAUCCCCGAUCUUGAUGACAAGAGAGUUAUGGAUGAAUAUUCGUCAAAGGCACCUUCAUCGUAUGACGGAACCACAUUCUCCGAUAUCAGAACACAGACCACUGCCUCUGACAUUCAUGACGAUGAUAAUAAUAAUAUAUUUUUGGGUGUUCCUGGAAAGCAAGCCAUAAACCACUUGAGACAACAAUUUAACAUGCUUGGUGAUGAUUCUGACUCAGAUGUCUUUUCAGCAGGAUUAUAUACCGCUCCCAAAUUAUCGAAAACAGUACCGACAAUGCUAUCCCAACAAGCUGAGCCCAAACCAUCUUCAAAAUCGCCAAUAAGGCACGCGCGUCACCGAUCCAUGUUCAAUAUUGAUUUCAAUCCUAGUAAAGACAUCCAGGCAAACGUUCUGCACGUGAGAGCCCAAUCCAUGAAUCCAGCAACCAUAGUCGCACCUAAGGAUGCUGUUGCUGAACUUAUGAAUAUCAAAGUGGCUGCCCCGCCAUCUAAAGUGAACUAUGCUGUCGAUUUUAAAGAGUCUGAAUCCGUAGCAGACGAUGAUUUCAUGUCACCUCUGCCUGAAACUUUGAGAAGAAACAGUAAGAUUCAUGCCAGUCUUAAAUCUGCCACAAAAACCAAGUCUAAAAAGUCCAAAAAAAAUAAUAAUAAUAAUGUUGGUUCUGAUACUGAAAGUGUCGUCAUUGAUUUGACCGAAGAUGAAUAUGAUUUAUGCUUGAUCAAUAGAAGAGACUCAGUUCUUUCUUACAAGUCAGUAACUGAAAAGUUGAAAGACGGUAAAGAAGUGGAGGUUGUAUUAGUUGACGAAGAUAUUGAUGAAGACGCUAUAAAGGAACCAGCUACAGAAGAAGAAAAGAAAGAACCCAUAAGAGCGAAGGAAGAGAUCCAAGAAGAGGAAGAAUUCUCUGGUGAUGACACAGAGGAUGAAUUACUGAGUAUCUACUCAAAAUAUAGACAUAAUUGGAUGUUUAGAUCCAACACAGCAUCAUCAUCAACACUGUCAACAAACAGCUAUGCAUCCGUGACCGAAUCCAUGUCGCAACUACAAAUCAAACAGGCUCGCAAAGUGGAAAUGAAAAGUGUUAGUGCAUUAACUACAUCUGGUCGCGUACUACGUGAACUAAACUUGAAGAGGUCCAAUGGCUCAGUUUCAUCAUCAUCAUCAAGUUAUGUAUCUAGUAGAAUUCUUCAUCCAACCGAGAGACAGCCUAGCGUUCGUACCAAGCCUGCAGUAAACCAAAGAAAGAGUAUGCCUAUCUUGGAAUCCAAUUAUUUUGACUAUAGAACUAGCGAUAGCUAUGAUUUUAAUACGUUCAUGAAACAGCGAACUGAUUCGGGUGUUUCAUACAAGCCCUAAAUUAUUUAUAUAAGUAUAUAAUUCCUCCAUAAUAAUUAUUUUCACCUUAAAAAUGGACUUUCACCUUCCGAAAUCGUUUUCAAGUUGUUUUGUCUUGAAAAUGAAUCAUUGCUAUGCAAAUCAUUAAUCAUGAAUUGAGAAUAAAAUCUCAUCUUGGGCCCAUCAUAAACAUCUUCUUCAUCUGAGUUUUCCUCUUCUCUAACUGAAGUACAUGAGUUGUAUGAUCGUGCUGACGGUGUCCUGCUUAUACUAUCGGCUUUCUUGAUUUCCAAUGAAGGAGCAGAAUAACUAUUUCUGUAGAAAGUGACUGUUUUGUUGGUAGUUUCUAUCUUGUUAGACUGAUACUGAUUUGACAUUACUGAUUUGGAUGGUUUCUUAUUGUAUGAAUUGGACCUAAAGAAAGCUGGUGACGACAGUGGUCGUUUCAGUUCAUGGUCUUCAAAUUCGAAGUCUUCGGGAAGUUGAUUGAUUUCGUCAAGUAAAUCCUGGUCCAUCAGGGUGUCUUUAUCAGUCCAAUACUCUUUUAUAACUGGUGUGGUAUUGCAAUGGAGAGGGGUUUUAGAAGAAGUUUUGAUUUCAUGUUCUUCAGGUACUGGUUCUUUCUUAUUCUCUUUGAUAAAACUGUUACCAUUAAGCAAAUCCAAAUUGGCCAAUGUAUUCAUCAUGUCAUUAAUUGAAUUCCUUCUUACAAUCUCUUGGACCUGUCCAUUGUUAUUAGUUACAGUUUCAAUUUGGGACAAAGUAGCCAUCAUGUCAACUAUAGAUUGUCGAUUUUGUUUUGCCUUUUCUUGAACUUCUUCUUUAACGCUUUCCUUCUCUAUUUCACCUUGUUUCUUCUCAAGCGAGGACAAAAUAUCCAUCAUGCCUAGAACCGAGUUUCUCAUUUGUUUGGCAGGUUCUGAGGAGGUUUUCGGCUUUUCAUUGACGUUUUCUAAAUUAUUCAAGAGUUCCAUUACACCAUGAACGAUUGUUUCAUUUUCUUCAGUGGUAAUACCAAGUCCGAUGGUGCUCGUUUCUGGGACAGUUUCUGGGACCGUUUUAUCCACUUCUUGAGAUUGUUUCAAUGAUUCAGAAAAAUCCUCAAAAACUUUAACUUUCUUGCCUAUCUCAAGGUGUAAAUUUUCAUCUAGGGAUGAAUGGAAACUAUGCCAAUAUCUGUUUCCAAUUACAUCACUCACACUGCCUCCAGAAACAAGCUCCGAAGAACUGAUAACCUGGUUGACAGCAAUUGGAUGGCGGUGGAUACACAAUCUGUUUGUAUUUACGUCAUUAUUUCUUCUCCUGUUAGGCCUCAAGCGAUAUCCCACUGUUAACCCGGUUAUCAUUGGACUAUGAAGAUCAAACAAUUCCAAGUUCUCAUCGGACCUUAUUUCAGGUGGUGGUGUUCGUACAUUCAUAGGUUCUGGAGUAACUUUUGCUUCAAGGUAGUUUUCUAAAAGAUCCUCCUCAUCAUGUUCGUACUCUUUGCUAAAAUCCUCAUCUUCGUCAUGAUACGAUAAUUCCGAAAUAGCCCCUUCAAUUGGUCCUUGUAUAGAUAAAUGGUACGAUUCAUUAAAUAAACGAUGGACUUCUUCCUUUGAAUCAAGAUGCAAGUUGUCAAUGGAGGAAU